UAUUAAUACGUGUGUUUGAAGGAAUCAGCUGUUUACGGUUUCAUCCAAUCGGAACACUGUAGCUACGUUGCUAUGCAGACAUUCAAUUCCCUAUUGGAUGAAACAGUCACCAGCUAAUUUCCUUCAAACGCACAUAUAAAUAAAUCCAAGUAUAGCUCACGAUGUUUUUUGUUCAUCCCCCCAACCAUUCCUCGAAUACCGGAGUUCGAGUCUUCCCUAGUUCCCGAGUCCCCCUACACGUGCUUUGCAAUCAGCUUGCAAUUCAGCAUAACCCAGGCAUAACCUGGGCACAACCAACAUAACCAUAACUGACCUUAACCUAGAGCAACCUGAAUUUUGUCCAGUGCUGCAGCGCCGAGAAGCGCUGUUCACUGAACAUUGCUCAGAAAGACUUGAAAAUACCUAAUGCUGAGUUAUGUUUAGCAGUAUUUCAUAAAUACAUUGCAAAAAGUGUUCACUGUGGGCUGCACAAACGAUCAAACCAAAAACAAACUUUAACACGAAAUUUAGUGGAGGCUCUUAUUCCGAUGAAUAUAUUUUUGCGUUAAAUCUAUUUGGAUGUGAUGGUUGUUACUGUGUCAUUGAUAGUUAUUCUACAGUAAAUACUUGAAAAUAGAUUUUGUAAUUAAAAUGAAUGUUCAACAAAAUUUUCACGUCCCAAUUCUGUGUACUGGUGACGACAAAACUAUUUCUGACGAGAAUCAGUGUCAAAAUAAGGUACAAACAAUAAGUGGUAACUCGAAGUCAGUGAAGGUUUUAGAAGAAUUUAAGCGCAUAUACUUGGAACGUCUACGCAAGAUUGAAGAGGAAACCCCAGAAGAAGGGGCAGAGUUGAAAUUGAAGACCCUCACAUCGUGGAUAAAUGAUUUAGGUGAACAAAACCUUAUGUUGGUUGAAACAGUUGAGCAGUUAGAACAAGAAGCUGCAGAUAGAGUUUUGUUGUUGGAAGAAAGAUUGAAAAAGUCAUCCCAUAUUGCACUAGAGUAUUUGUCUAAACUAGAGGAGUAUGAUAAUCAAUUUUUAAAUCAGACUUUUGAAAAAGAUCAACCAACAAUGCUACCGAUUAAAACAUCAAAUCGAUUAAUGCAAGCCCAACAAACUGAAGAGAUUUUGAAAACAAGGAUCAGUAAUCUUCAAAAUGAUAUCUCUGGACUCUUGGAGCUGAUACGAAGAGCUCGUUAUGAGGGAUCUUGGGAUACAAAUGGUCUCAGUUUUUUGGAAGUGACAUACGAAGAUAUUUUUGGAUUGUACCCACACCAAAAUAUCAAGAAGAUUACAGACAAUUUGGAAAGUGCUGACCAUUUGAAGACAACAAAGAGUGUGUCACAGCAGAAAAUUGCAAGAGCUUUAGAAGAUAACAUUUUAAAAGACCAGAGAAAAGCAGAACAUUCUGCUGCUCAACUUCAAAGAUUGAAUGAAGAAAAUCAACGAUUAAUAAAGGAAAAUAAAUUUCUAUCGACUAACCUGAAGAAUAAAAGUGAUAAAAUAGCUCUUCUGGCACAACAUCGGACUGAAGUAGAUGAGAAGAAGGGAGUCAGUUUUGCAUCCCCUACUAAAGAAGAUUACAGACUACUAGAUGAGGACCUUCUAACUCCAUUAAAAGAAGCACAAAAUGGAGUGGAAUUAGCAAGAAAGCAGGACGCACAACAUAUUCGUGAACUGGAGGCUGAUAUUCAGCGCUUGCAAAAUACUCUGAUUCACUCGCAACAGGACAUAGACGUUUUUCUCCAACCGGUGGAAUGUGAAGCGUCUCAGAGAGGUCUCCAAAUAAAUAAUUUUGAGGACAAACUACAAAGGUUGAGUUCAGCUAUGAAGGAUUCUCAAAAGAACAUUGAAGACUAUAUACGUGAUAAGGAAACCUCUUAUAAUAGUCAAAAACGAAGUGAACAAAAAAUAAAAAAAUUGCAGUUGGAACUGGAAUCUAUUCAAGAAGAUUUAGAACAAUGUUUGAAAACAUUUGAAGCUAGUGAAGUGUGAUAUUACUUCAGUGUUCUAUCUUUUCAUAAAUUUUAUGAGUGGCUCAGCAUUAAUUUGAAAAGCCAUUGCUCAUAGUUAUUUGAUUCUGUAAAUAAUUGUAGACUAUAUUAAAAAAUAAUACAUUCAUUUAGAAAAAACAAUA